CCAACAUUCACAAGGAGACAUGUAAUGUUGACGUGUAUUUCGUUGACGGUCUGAAAAUUUCCUACUUCGCACUGUCUAGAUGUCAAACUGGGACGUUAUUUAACAGCAGCUUUAACAAUUUACCGAUAUUUGGUUAAUUUUAAGUGGUGGUCGACGUCGAAAAAGUGGGUGACGAUGUCCGGAGAAAUUUCUAUGAUUGGUUCUGUUAUCCUGGCCCUUUUCCUGGCUGGUUAUCUGGGCCAGCAGUAUUUACCUCCACCCACACCUAAAGUAAUCGGCCUAGACCUCGGCACCACUUUCUGCUCGGUGGGCGUCUUCCACCCUGGCAGCGGAGAGGUGGAGGUGAUAGAAGAUGAACAGGGGAGGAAGAGCAUCCCGAGCGCCGUCUCUUUCACCGCCACUGGGGUGCUGGCCGGACAUGAAGCAGCGGACCUGGCCGACAGAAAUCCGCAAAACACCAUCUACGAUGCCAAAAGGUUCAUCGGGAAGAUAUUUGAGCUGGAGGUCCUGGAGCAGGAGAGUAUUCGGUACCCGUUUAAGGUGAUUAACAACAAUGGAAGCGCAGAGUUUCUUAUCUCCACCAAUCGUACCUUCUCUGUGAGCCCAGAGUUCAUCGGCUCCAGACUGCUGCUGAAGUUGAGGAAGAUGGCCGAGCGACAGCUGGGUGUGCUCAUCCAGAAAGCUGUCAUCUCGGUGCCUGCAGAGUUUGAUGAGAGACAGAGGAACUACACUGUCAGGGCUGCCAACCUCGCUGGCUUGGAGGUCCUACGUGUGAUCAAUGAGCCCACUGCUGCAGCCUUGGCUUAUGGCCUGCACAAAGUGGACGUCUUUAACGUCCUGGUGGUCGACCUCGGAGGAGGAACCCUGGAUGUGUCUUUACUCAACAAACAGGGAGGCAUGUUCCUCACCAGAGCCAUGGCGGGAAAUAACAAGCUAGGAGGCCAAGACUUCAGCCAGAGGUUGCUCCAGUACACCAUAAAGCGAGUGCAACAGGAGUUUGGUGUCCCACCCACCCUAAAGGAGGACAUCUACCAUCUACGACAGGCUGUGGAAGCUGCCAAGAUCAACCUUACCCUCCAACCCAGUGUCACCCUCAGGGUGCCCCUGCACCUUCAGACCCAUAGCAGCUCGGGGACACCUGAAGGUGCUGCUCCAGCUCCAGUUCUUUUCCAGGAUGUGAUCACUCGCGAGCUGUUUGAGGAACUCAAUGAGGACCUUUUCCAGAAGAUUCUGGCUCCUGUCAAGACUGUGUUGGCUGAAGGUCACCUGGAGAAGGAGAACGUGGAUGAGGUCGUUCUGGUCGGAGGGUCCACCAGGAUACCGCGGAUCAGGAGGCUGAUCAGCGAAUACUUUGGGAAAGAGCCCAAUACAUCAGUAGACCCUGAUCUGGCUGUGGUUACAGGUGUGGCCAUUCAGGCUGGCAUAAUGGGAGGCUCCUGGCCUUUACAAGUGAGCGCUAUAGAAAUCCCCAACAGACACCUGCGCAAGACAAACUUCAGCUAAUCUUUGUCAAGGUUAUUUAUUGCCGUAGAAGUGGUGCCACAUAGACUUGCCACAGAUUCCUACUAGUUUCAUGCCUCUCUAAUGUUCUUAAUUUAAUGUCUGCUGAUGUGGGAAAACAAACUGCACAAAAAAAAAAUCACUGCUGCAUCAAUGAAGACAUAGAAGACAUUCAGAGUUUAACUGUUAUGCUUCCUUGUUUGUGAAAAGAGAAAAAGGGAACAUUUUAUUUUCUUUGGUUAUAGACUGAUGAGAUGUGCAUAAGUAAAUAGCUCUGGUCUCACUGACAGCUGCUUCUGUUGUGCAGGUUUCAGCAGAAAUAAGAGCAAGAUACAAAUGAAAUGUGAAUAUGAAGCUUCUCUGUCAUGUGUCUACUGAUCCAUUCAAGCUUCAGUCAUGAUGCUAAUUGUGGUAGAUACACAAACGGUGUUCUCUUCAGGGAACAUCCACUUGUUUAAAGGACUUAAAGACUAGCCAGUAUGUUAAUACAUGUAUUUAUUUAUUUAUUCCCAUUAACAGUAUGGCUGUUAGUGUGAAUGUGUUUAUACAUCUUUCCAUCAAAGGUUACUGUACUGUGUGCUUGUGCCUUUUUAGAGAGCUGCUAUGUUUUUUGAAAUGAAGCAAACUGCUGCAAGCCAGUGGUUCAGGCACAGGUCUCCGUCCAGGUCCCUGUGGUACUGUGAUGGGUUUAUGUCCACUGGAAGUAAGUGGGACAGAUCGGACACCUCAGUGAAAAGAUACAGAUAUGCGCAACUAAUUUAAAACAAAUUCAAUGCGAUAUAAACUACUCACCUUAUAUACAAUGGGGUCCUGGUAUGGUGCAGUGUGUCCACCUCACAGAUGAAGGUGCAUGCUGGAGAAAGCCUUAAUGUCCACACAGAACUUUAAAUUAUUAGAAUCACCCUCCCUUUGAAAAUACAAACCGUUUGCCUCAGAGAGACUGAGAUAUGCUCAGUAAGCACUUUGAAGACCGCCACUGGCUGGCCAACUGUACACUUUUGGACAGUGGUGCACUCAUUUGUUUGGAACAGUCUACUGUAUGUCAAGAAGGUCAACUGGUAGUCCCACAGAAGGACCAAAGUAUUCCUGGUGCUUUGAGAAACGCAUUACCAUCACAUCUAGGAUGUGUUAUGGAUCUGAUACAGGUUGUCAAGGUGCCUGAAACUUUAAGCAUUAGUGUGACUAAACUAGUUUCUCCAGCUUGUUCCUGUGAACAGUUAUUGUAUAUCCAGUAUGAAAGUCAAAUGCUGUUUCUUUACAAAACAAAAACCUAGAACUGUAUUUCAGUCAGUUUGUCCGUUAACAUUUUCCAACCAAGAGCUCAAGGCUACCCACAUUCCUUUCAAAAGUAUAACAGCUUGAUAUUUAUGCCAAACAAUGAUUCCUAGGUGCAGUGACCCGACCCCCCCCACCCACCACUAUGUGUUGCUUGCUAUAAAACUAAGAUCUUCAUCAAAUAUGAUGAACUGUGAGGCUACACUGUUUGCCUUUGGUACUGUAUGAAUUGUUUGUCCCUUUUGAAAUAGAAAAUCUAUUUUUGUAUUGCUAGUUUUACUCAGUCUACCCACAUAAAAAUGACGAUAAUCUAAAAUAUGACCUGUUCUCAGCUUAUUAAAGUGAAAUUUCCCAGCCUUUGUCAUCCUUUAUUUUGAGGAAGCGUCAAACUAUUUCCACCUGCUGGCCCACAUAUUCCUGUGCAAGGUACUUCACACAACCAUUACAGGUCACAUCAAGAUCCUCCAGGUCCAUAUUAACUUCCAUCUUCCUUUAAUUUGAAACUAAAUAGAUCAGAAUAAGAACAAGCAUGAUUAGAAAGUGCCUGGAUUACAAGAUUUUAAUGUUUACUUCAGAAGUACAGUAAUACCCAAAGGAAAACAAAACAAAGCAACAUCUCAGCUUGUGCUGCCUGUAAUAUCCCUUCAGUUAGUUUGGAGCUUUACUUUCACAUUUCAUUCAUCUUCCAGCAUUCAGUUUUAUACCAGAAACCAAUGUUUAUAUGCUUUUUGUUUGUAAAAUAUUGCAGAACUUAACUACGUACAACCCAGAGGCUGUGGAGGAAAUGAAAUGACUGCCAAUAUCAGACUGUUGCUACUGCAAUUAUGUCAGUGUUCAAAUGUAAUUCUCAGUUGGCUGGACCAUCGCCCAUUGAUUCACCUUGUAUGUACAAUAACACUACAUAACACUGCACACAGGGCAAACUAUACCCAGCCAGGAUACAUACAGUAUAUACCAUACACAUCUUAAAAACAAACAAAAACAAUCCAAAACACAUUCACAUUAACCAUUAAAAGACUCCAAACCAUUUUCACCAGUUCCGGUUCCACAGCUCACUCAAGUCAUCUGAUAUAAUCAAUACUGUUACAUGCACUGGUUAAAAAUAGGUGGGGUUGUCAUUCAGCCUCUAUUAAAAUAAUUAUCUUACAUAUACCAUGUGAAUAUUUCACAUGGAAGAGGCAGGACUUCUGUAAACAUCUGUUUUUUUUCCCUCUUUAAAUAUUAGGCCAGAGCAUAAUUAACUGUUAGCUAGUUGGCUCAUACAACAAUAAAACCUUUAAAAAGCCUUGCUAAAAAGAAAUUCAAAGAGUGGAAUGUAAUUUACAGUGCUUACAAAUGAAAACAGCUUUGGAGAAUUAGCUUAAAGAAUUUGGAAACCUAUUUUUAAAAAGUAGCAGGCAGUGGGAACUCCGAGGGGCCUCUCAGUAUUUAGAUGAGAGUAGGCCACGGAUUUGGCGAAUUCCAUCAAUAAAAGUGCGUGUAGCCCUGUGUGAUAUACACUGAUAAGCAAAAAAAAA